CAAGCUGGUCAUUUGAUCCUUUUGAGUCUGCUCCAUCUUUCUAUAUGCUCAUGGUUCACCUUCCAUCUCAAUGCUAUUUUUCCUGCUUUCUCUCCAUUCCCCCCCGCCCAUGAAAGCUGAAACAUAAUCUAUUUUCGCUUUCCCAGCCUUCCUGCCGGAGAGAAUUCCAUAGCUCCGCUACGUUCUGAGUGAAGAAAUUGUUCUGGGUGUCAGACCUAGACCCUGAGGGAUAGGGGAGGCUCAGGCUCUGGAGUAGAUUGAGUGAAGUUGCUGUUAACAAGUGUCAUGACUGACAAUGUUGCCGAAUAAAGCCUUGAAGUUCCUCCAGACUGCGAUCGAAUUCCCUGGGAAGAUCAUAUGAAGCAGCAAUAAACUGGCGGCUUCUCCUGGGAUCGAACAACCAUUGAAUAAUUCAAUCAGCUGAUAACAGCACGUAUUGUAAUACCUGUUUGGCAAACAAGGCAAAACAAAAACGCUCUCCAAGUCUGUCACGUCCUUGCGGCAGCUCGAUUGAAGUCCCGCUCGGAGUCUGAGCAUUGAUUUCAUGUUUUCUAAAUUCUGAUUCAGAGACAUUGCACGGAGGCUACAGCCGGCGCUGGACAUGGGAAACAAGCUGGUCGUGUUUGCAUUGGUCAAUGCGCUGCUCGCCUAUUACAUUUAUAUCCCACUCCCGGAGGCACUGGGCGAGAGGUGGAAGUUGAUGCUAGUGGAUGCCUGCUUUCGAAGUUUGGAACACCUGGCCGAGUUGAGUGAACUUGUUGGGUUCAAGCAUUACAUGGAGAUGAUGAUGGUCCUCACCACAGCAGAGUCAGUGGGUCCUUCAUCUGAUGAAAAUGUCAAUGUGAUGGACACCACCUUCAACCAGGUCCCAGUUCGUGUCUAUGAGCCAAAAAUCCUUCUCCCAGGACUCAGGCGAGCGGUCAUUUACAUUCACGGGGGCGGAUGGUGCUUAGGAAGUGCAAAAAUGAAACCAUAUGACCUCCUGUCAAGAAAAAGCGCUACUGAAUUGAAUGCAGUCAUCAUUUCCGUUGAAUACCGUUUAGCACCGGAGCAUCGUUUCCCUGAUCAGUUCAAUGAUGUUUACACUGUGGUGAAGUACUUCCUACAGCAAGAUGUCUUGGUACAGUACUCUGUGGAUCCAGCAAGAGUAGCAGUGUCAGGAGACAGUGCUGGUGGGAACUUGGCUGCUGCAGUAGCCCAGCAGAUCCGAGAGGACCGAGACGUUCAAGGUGAGAUCAAAGUUCAGGCAUUAAUCUACCCUGCGCUUCAGACCAUUGACUUUAACACCCCUUCCUACCAGCAAAAUGAGAACAUGCCAAUUCUGCCCAAGACGUUAAUGGUCAGGUUUUGGAGUGAAUAUUUUGGUUGUGAUAAGUCGCUGCUGAAGAUGAUGAUGGCCAACAGCCACAGCACUCGCGAAUCAAAGGGCCUGAGCAACUUUGCAAACUGGAGCGCCCACUUGCCGGAAGAGUUCAGAAAGGACUACAAAUACGUCCCGCCGGGCAUAGAGAGUCCAGAGCCAUCCGGGAACGUGCCUGCCGUCUUCGACCCAAGGGCUGCUCCUUUGCUGGUGGGGGAUGAGAAACUCCAGGCUCUGCCGCACACCUACAUUGUAACGUGUGAGUAUGACGUGCUGAGGGAUGAUGGUGCCAUGUAUGCCAGGAGAUUGCAAGCAGCAGGAGUCCAGGUCACACACGAGCAUUAUGAGGACUCCUUUCAUGGUGCCAUUAUGUUCAUCACGUGGCCAACCGAUUUUGCAAUUGGUCAGAAAAUGAUAAGCCAUUACAUUGAGUGGCUGCAAAAGAAUUUGUAAAUAAACUUGCCCAUCUCCAAUUUGGCUCACCCCUGGUGCCCUGUAGCAGCAUCACCAUCAAUACCAACUGCCCCCCUCCCACCCCCGGCAGGUGUACUUCUGUACCUGACAAUCCUUGGCAAAUAUUUGUCUCUAUGAUUCGGCUCCCCACACUCUCAUCUGUAUUUAGUGUUUGACACGAUUGACGUGCACUUGAUCAGGACUCAUUACGACUUUGAAAGGCAGACUUAAAGGAGUGUAGAUGGUUGUCAUAACUUGUAUCUGGGCAUGGAGACCUCACCCAUGGAUGUGCCCAAUUGGCCCAUCCAACACCAUGACAAAAAUAAAAGAUGGGGCCCUUCAGCCUGCUCUGCCACUCGAUUGUACCUUGCUGAUCUGCAUGUUUACUGCAUCUACCUCCUGCCUAAUGUGGUUCAUCCUUUUAAGGUGAAGGUUUCCUUGCCCAUCAUCUGGGCCGUCUAGCUGAGAUUCAGCAGGUACUGAGAUUAUGUCUGAGACUGUUAUGCACUCAAAAGGUACUUCUGCAAACAGGACAUGGAACCACAGACAAUUUUUGAGUUUUGGACAAGCUGCUAGUUUGAGAUCCUCUCCUCGUGUUUUCUGGCUGUGAUUUGGAUUUAUUUGUGAAAGAGACUGUGUGUGAUAUUUGUAGAUUCUGUGUGAGAUUCUCCCAAGAUUUGAUGUCCAUAUCGAGUCAAAUUCCUCAGUGAAGUGUUCAGAAUGUCCUUGUGAUGUUUCCCCAUGAGAACGUAGCCCAGACCCCUGCUCUCCCAUGUUAAUUUUUGCUUCACUAAGUGUGUAUCUAUCCACAAGACCAGUCUUGAUUUGGACUUAGCAUUUUCUUUAAUAUUCAUGGACGGGGUGUCACAGGCUAGGCCAGCAUUUAUCGCUCAUCCCUAGUUGCCCAGAGGGCACUUAAGAGUCAACACAUUGCUGGAACCACCUCCAGACCAGGGAAGGACAGCAAUUUCUUCCCUAGAGGAUGUUGAUUUAUCACAAUUCUGUUUCUGAAAUGCUGUGUUCACCCCUAGCCUGAUAGGCUUUUUCUGUGACAGUUGUAGAUUUCAAUGACCCUUUGUGUGAAGAUGUGCAUCCUGCCCAAUGGUCUUGAACUGUAAGGUUUUGCCCAACUUCUUUUAGACUUUCCCACUAGUGGAAGUAGUUUCUCUUAAAUCCUGUAAUUAUCUUUUAAUGAAUUAGAUCUUCUAAACACAAGAGUCAGAAUAUUAGUCUAUGCGCCUCAGCCUCAUAAUUUAAUGCUUGAAGUGCCUAGUGGUAUUCUUCUGCAUUUACUGCAAAACCAAUAAACAUAUUUAAGGAAGCAGGGUUCGGAGUUGGAGGUCUACUUGCAUACCAAUAAAUGUACAAUGUGAACUUGUUUUGAAAAUUUUACUGUGCUUUAUUAUGAAUAUUCUUGGGUGUUUACCCCCUAAAACCGUAAGGUCCGAUCCCCAAAACCAGUCAAAUCAGAAAUCGGUCUCUUUGCUUGCCUAUCCUCAAACCAACAAUUAAUGCUCCAUUCUGUUUAUAUUGUCUGACCUAGCAUUUUCAGUGCGCUCUGGUUGUACAUGUAAAAUAAUGAGACAGUAAUUGAGUGCGAUGUUAUUUAUUAACCCUAUCUUCUGUUUACACACUGACUGCAUAACAUGUAAUAAAAUGUCAUAACUUGCUCUUUGUAUUCAAUGUGAUAAAUAAAAUUUUGUGUUUUUAAAAAUG